AUGGCUAGUAUUGGAACGCAGGUUAGGAAGACCUGUACAUCGGUUGAUCCUAUUGUUACUGAUUAUGCUGUUGGUUAUUUCAACCAUUUGUCGGGGUUGACCUUUGAUGCUGUUAUGAGUAAGCAGCUUGAUCUAGAUUCUGAAGUGCAGUUUGUCAGUGAGAUGUUGGUCAGUGCCGGUGCUGAUAAAGAAAAGGUGAAGGAUUUGUCGGCAAAUAUACUUGAACAAUUGAAUACACAAUUAAAGGAGAACGCCUCUAAGCUAGAAUUGACCGGUGAUACGUCAAAGAGAUUGUUGGACAUCAACGUUUUGAAAAGUCAUAACAAUAAGGCUAACCUAAAUGCCUCAUUGAGUUUGUUAGGUGUUGGUGGUGACAUUGAGCAUGCUGGUAGACAGAUGGAGACCAGGGUUGAUUUGAAGAAAUUGGCAAAGGCUGAAGAGAAGAUUGCAAAGAAGGUUGCAAAGAGAAACAACAAGUUUGUGAAAUACGAGGCAUCAAAACUUAUUGGUGAAAGGAAAGACGAAGAUUAUGAUUCUUUCUUCUUGGAGAUCAACCCAUUGGACUUUGGUUCGUCAGCUGGUAAGUCUAAGGAUAUUCACAUUGAUACAUUUGAUCUUUACGUUGGUGAUGGGCAGAGAAUUCUUUCAAAUGCUCAAUUGACCCUGAGUUUUGGUCAUAGAUAUGGUCUUGUUGGUCAAAAUGGUAUUGGUAAAUCUACUCUAUUGAGAGCGCUAUCGAGAAGAGAAUUGAAUGUUCCAAAGCAUAUUUCGAUUUUGCAUGUUGAACAAGAACUAAGAGGUGAUGAAACUAAAGCUUUGCAAAGUGUCUUAGAUGCAGACGUUUGGAGAAAGCAGUUACUGACCGAAGAGAACAAGAUCAACGAAAGGUUGAAAGAAAUUGAGAAAUUAAGAGAAGAGUUUGAUGAAGACAGUUUGGAAGUGAAAAAACUAGAUAACGAGAGAGAAGAUCUAGAUGCACAUUUAAUUCAAAUAUCAGAAAAGCUGGUUGAUAUGGAAUCAGAUAAGGCGGAAGCUAGAGCGGCCUCUAUUCUAUAUGGUCUUGGUUUCAGUACCGAAGCCCAACAGCAACCAACAAAUUCCUUUUCCGGUGGUUGGAGAAUGAGAUUAUCUUUGGCAAGAGCAUUGUUCUGUCAACCUGAUCUUUUGUUGCUGGAUGAACCUUCCAAUAUGUUGGAUGUUCCGUCUAUCGCCUAUCUAGCAGAAUACUUGAAAUCAUAUCCUUCUACUGUUUUGACAGUGUCGCACGACCGUGCAUUCCUAAAUGAGGUUGCAACAGAUAUUAUUUAUCAACACAAUGAACGUCUGGACUACUACAGAGGUCAAGAUUUCGACACUUUUUACACAACAAAGGAAGAAAGAAGAAAGAAUGCACAAAGAGAAUACGACAACCAAAUGGCAUACAGAAAGCAUUUACAAGAGUUUAUUGAUAAGUUCAGAUAUAACGCCGCCAAAUCAUCUGAAGCACAAUCAAGAAUUAAGAAGCUUGAAAAAUUGCCAGUAUUAGAACCUCCUGAACAAGAAAAGAGUAUUGAUUUCAAAUUCCCAGAUUGUGAGAAAUUAUCUCCACCAAUUAUUCAAUUACAAGAUGUCAGUUUCGGUUAUAGUCCUGACAAACUACUGUUAAAGGAUGUCAAUCUAGAUAUUCAAAUGGACUCCAGAAUUGCACUGGUCGGUGCAAACGGUUGUGGUAAGACUACACUGUUGAAAGUCAUGUUAGAGCAACUAAGGCCACUAAGUGGUUACGUUUCUAGAAACCCAAGAUUGCGUAUCGGUUACUUUACACAACAUCACGUUGACUCCAUGGACCUAUCUACUUCUGCAGUUGAUUGGAUGUCUAAGACAUUCCCUGGUAAAACAGAUGAGGAGUAUAGACGUCAUUUGGGUUCAUUUGGUAUUACGGGUACUCUAGGUUUACAAAAAAUGCAAUUGUUAUCCGGUGGUCAAAAAUCUCGUGUUGCCUUCGCGGCUCUGUGUCUGAAUAACCCACACAUUUUGAUUCUUGAUGAACCUUCCAACCAUUUGGAUACUACAGGUAUUGAUGCAUUGGUUGAUGCAAUGAAGAACUUCACUGGUGGUAUCCUGAUGGUAUCGCACGACAUAUCUGUCAUUAACAAUGUCUGUAAAGAAAUUUGGGUUUCCGAAAAGGGUACAGUUAAUAGAUUUAACGGUACUAUCUAUGAUUACAGAGAUUAUAUAUUAUCUGCAGCUGACGCCGCUGGUGUUGUUAAGAGGCAUUGA